AUGUCAAAGGGUCUUUUUCGAUCUGUCCAACCAAUUACCAGCUAUGGAAUUAGUGAGAUUGAGGCUGCCUUCAGAUUCAUGCAGACAGGCAAACACCAAGGAAAGCUGAUAAUUGAAUUUCAAAUUGAUGACAGGGUCAUGACCGUUCUAGAUAGAAAGCCUAACUUCACCUGCGACGGUAACGCAACAUAUGUCAUUGCGGGUGGUCUUGGUGGUAUUUAG